CGACUCAUGACGGCCGCGGCCGUAUUGGUGUUAGCUGCCGGUGUCCUUACCUUGGUUGUCGGUUUCUUAGGCUGCUGUUGCAUGAUGGAUUGCAAAAAGUUGUUUGGAAAGUAUUUCACUUGCCUGCUUGUCAUCACCAUUGGCGUUCUGGCAUUUGUCUACAAAAGCAAGAUCCGUGAUAAGCUUGACACGUCGAUCACCGAUGCCUUAGCGACCGACUAUACUGAAGCACGACCAGACACCUUCAGCGAGUCAUGGGACAAGAUCCACCAAGACUACUUCUGUUGCGGUUACAACAAUUACACUGAUUACAAAGGGAACCCAAAUCUGGAGGUGCUUAACUGGGAUUUCCCGAAAUCCUGUUGCGUGGAGGCGGACGGAAAGCCUACAGACGAAGCACAAUGCAAAUCUAUGACUGAUGAAUUCUUCUACAAGGACGUCGUUGGCAUCUUAACUCUUGCUGAGUGCAACGCACCCAGGUACGAGAGCAUAUAA